AUGGAGCUCUUGCUCCUCAACCCUGCCGCGACGCACCGCCACUUCGGGGGCCUCGCCGCCGUCAUACCCCUCGCGGGGCGCUCCGUGGUCCGCUGCUGUGUGUCCGCCUCCAUCGCGGCCGCCGCGCUGCUCAAGUUCUCGGGCCCCAAGAAGCGGGGCAAGACGGAGAUCCAGGAGACGAUGCUCACGCCCCCGGUUCUACACCACCGACUUCGACGAGAUGGAGCGCCUCUUCAACACCGAGAUCAACAAGCAGCUCAACCAGGCGGAGUUCGACGCACUGCUGCAGUAGUUCAGGCCGCCCUCGCUGAAGAUCUGGGAGCCGGCCUUCAACCAGACGGCCUCGCCAAACUGGACGCCGUUGCGGGGGAGCAGCUCGGGGAAGACGCAGCACAGCGCGCCGAGCAUGCCCCAGCGAGGAGUGGAUGA